AUGGCGGAACAAGUUGGUUAUUCGCAGCAACAGUUUAAAGAAAAAACUUUUAAUGUGGACUGUGACUCGAUAUUCCCUCAAGAAAUUGUUUCUAUUCUAAAAAGCUACGGAAUCGAUUCUGCAGACACACCGGCAGCCAUAAACCUGCUGACCAAACUGAAAAUAGCGACAGUCGAGGAAACAGAAGACCAAAUAACUAUAGUGUAUCAACUAAAACCGUCGGUUACAGAAAGCGUGGCGGAAGAAAAAAUAUUCGAUACCGUCGUCGGUAACAACAACAACAACAACACUUCACAGAUUUCGAUAGCUGCUAUACCGGCCGAUUCUGAUGCGAAGGUAACCGAAUCGACAAUAUUGACAUCUAAUUUAUCUAACCGGCUGGUAUCAGAAAAUAAUUCAAAAAUAUAUGAAGUCAACGAAGGAGAUGAGAAAAAUAACAGCGACGACGAUGAGUUGUUAGAUUUCAGUCCCGAUGUCCUAAGGCAACUACUGAACGCAACAGUGAUUGGAAAAAAUAUCAUCCAACAAUCGGAGAAAGGAGUCCUUUCAGAACGACGACAACUAGAGUUGGCAGAAGUAGUUGCUACCUGGCACUUAGCCCAUAGGACCAAACUCCACGAACGCGAUUUGCAAAAGUAUUCCCGUGUAAUAGUAUUGCUGUUCAAGAACGAGAAACAGGACUCGUACUUUUUAUCAAGAGGAGGCGAUAAACGAAAUCCAGGGGGAAAAAUUGCGAAUAAAGUUAACACGUUAAAAAACAGGGCUCGGAAACGCAAGUUACACGACGAAGAACAUAAUACGCUUUUAAAUAAUAACAGUACUGCCAGAAAAGAACGUAGUGAAGACCACAGUAUCUACGAAAGAGACGCAUUGGAUUGGUUGAUUGCUAACACUGCACCUUGGACAACUGUGCUUGAUAAGUGGAAAAGCUCUUUUCAAAAUCGAACCAAGGUAUUCGGAAGGUUAAACGUUGUGGACGAAUUAAUUAAAUUGAAGCUGUGGAAUUUGAUUACUUCUGAGUUUGGACAUCAGCUAAUUGACAUCGACUUUCAACUAUUGAAUUUGGGUUCUCCCAAGAAGAACAUUGGUUGUAUCGAAGUCUGCCGAGUGAUUGGCAGGUACAUACGGAGUCGUUCUACUGAUGAAACAACAGAGCAUCUUAUCGACGUAUUAAUUAGUGAUUCUACAACUGACGGAGAUGACCCAUUUCGGUUGUGGAUUUUUGGAACUCUCAUCUAUACCAUGCUUCUGUACUGGACGAUCGGGUCCGUCUACACUCUCUUCGAUGUAACCAACCAGCCUCGCUUCAUGCGCCGCUAUAAGGUUCAACCGGGCACUAAUGAACCGGUGGACAACGAGCGCCUUAGGAGAGUGAUUCGUCAGGUACUGUUUAAUCAAGUCGUCACCGGACUGCCGAUGCUGUUGAUUUUGUACUCCCUUAUCGAACCACAAACGCGCGAAUCCAUCCGCCAGUUGCCGACAUUUCCAACGGUUGUCUGGCAGAUUAUCGUUUGCAUCGUGAUCGAAGAGUUUGGUUUCUACUACAGUCACCGACUGUUACACGAUGGACGAAUCUACAAGUACAUCCACAAACAGCACCACGAAUGGACGGCUCCAAUUGCGAUUACUGCAAUGUACUCACAUCCGGUCGAAAACCUACUCAGUAACCUGCUCCCAAUCGGCGUUGGCGUUUGGGCUACCGGUUGCCACAUAGCCGUUGCUUGGCUGUGGUUUACGUUAGCCAUUUCCAACACGCUGCACGUCCACUCCGGUUAUCAUCUACCGUUCCUGCCCAGUCCGGAGCAGCAUGAUUUCCACCACUUGAAGUUCAAUCAAUGCUACGGGGUGUUGGGUGUGCUGGAUUGGUUGCACGGUACCAACAGCUUAUUUAUGAACUCGAAACAAUCCGAGCGAGACUACAUACUCACGAAGUUCGUUCCCGUGCGAGAGAUCCAUCCGGAUUCGCAGGAUCAGUCAAGGCCAAAAACAAAAUAAAUGAAUAAAUAUUUAGUGUGUUUACAGAAAGAAAUUACCAAUUGGCUAUGUGAGGGACUUUAAUUACAAUUCAAAGGUUGUAUUUGAAGAUGACGAUAGGUAUAAAUAAAAAUUAAGAUAAAUUGAUAGAAUAUUCAAGUAAUUUUUUAA